AUGGCUAUCGCAAAAUACGAUCAAUUCGUGUUCUUUGGUGAUAGCAUCACCCAGCUGUCUUACGCGCAGGACGAUGGUUUUGGUUUCUUAGCGGCGAUCGCAUCAGACUAUAACAGAGCUGUUGACAUUGUCUGCAGAGGAUUCGCAGGUGCCAACACAAGGGACGCACUCGAGCUGUUCCCCCAAUUUUUUCCAUCUGCGGAUGAGGGCCCGUCCGUGAGACUAUUGGUGAUCUUCUUCGGUGCAAACGACAGCGUCCUAGAAGGAACCGCACAACACGUUCCGCUACUCGAUUUCAGAGAGAAUCUCAUUAGCCUCGCAACUCACGAAUCGAUCAGGGCUCACCCAGAAGUUUCCUUAGUGUUCAUUACACCUCCGCCCAAAUCAGAAUUGAUGCUAAAGCGGGUACAUGAAGAAUAUGCCAAUUCUUCGAAAGAAAAUGGCCAAGAGCUACCGCAAUUCGCUCAACAUUCUCAAGCUGUCACACACGCUUACGCCAAUACGGUCAAGGAAGUGGGACAAGAGCUCAACAUUCCUGUCGUAGAUCUGUGGUCUGCCAUCACUGGACGACUGCAGACCCUGAGCAAGACAGGCGUGUCUAGUCCAGGUGGGCAAGGUGUUGGAGGCGGGGAGAGCAAGUGGAACUUCGGUCAGUACUUGUGCGACGGGGUGCACUUGACUGGAAAAGGGUACAAAGUGCUAUACGAAGAGUUCUGCAGUGUGAUUCGCCUUCACUAUCCCGGACUGUCUGCGGAUAACAUGCAUCGUGUAUUCCAAGAUAACGGAAACCAAGCACCAUUUGUGCUCAGGAUACCAGGCGUUGAAAAGUAG